AUGAAUCGCUAUGUAGUGCUGCAGCAGCUGGGUGACGGCACUUAUGGCUCUGUGGUGCUUGCGCAGAGACGUGACACAGGCGAGAAGGUUGCUAUAAAACGUAUGAAGCGAAAGUAUUACUCAUGGGAUGAAGCCAUGAAUUUGCGCGAAGUGAAGUCGUUAAAGAAAUUGAACCACGCCAAUAUUGUAAAGUUACGCGAAGUGAUACGUGAAAACGACACCCUGUACUUUGUGUUUGAAUACAUGCGUGGUAAUCUUUAUCAACUAAUCAGAGACGCCGAGCGACCUUUUCCAGAAUCUGUGCUACGUAAUAUUUUGUAUCAAGUUUUGCAAGGACUCGCUCACAUGCAUCGCCAUGGUUUUUUCCAUCGCGACCUCAAACCAGAAAAUUUACUAUGUGCUGGACCUGAAUUAGUGAAAAUUGCAGAUCUGGGGCUCGCUAGAGAGGUGCGCUCGCGGCCGCCAUAUACUGAUUAUGUGUCUACGCGCUGGUAUCGCGCGCCUGAGGUGUUGUUACACGACACGCAUUACGGAGCACCGAUAGACCUGUGGGCUCUCGGUUGCAUCGCGGCAGAGCUUUACACGUGUCGACCUCUAUUCCCGGGCAAUUCUGAGAUCGAUCAACUGUAUAAGAUUUGUGCUGUGCUCGGCACGCCGGAUCGCGAGGAGUGGCCAGAAGGCUACGCGUUGGCGGAAACUCUUCGGUUUCGUUUUCCUGUGAGCAGUGGAGUGCCACUAGCACGCGUGGUACCAAGCGCGUCCCCGCCCGCGCUUGCCUUAUUCGCAGCGCUCCUGCGUUACCCACCACGUGAACGACCAACCGCGCCUCAGGCUCUUCGAUUUCCCUACUUCGCAGUAGGCAUCGCACUAGGUGUUCCUCCGCCAACUUCUCGUGCGCGAAGGAGCGCUGUCCGGCUGGAGACGGACGUUGCACCAGUGGCAGUGCCGUCCACACGCACUGACCGCUUCGCCGACAUCCUAGGUGGCGAAGUUGUACAUGAGGCGCGGCCGGUAGUGGAAGCGCGUGAGAUACGAGAGUCGGCGAGGGGACGCAGUGUGGUGGGGCCAGGGGUAGGGCUGUCGAUCUCCGCGCCCCGCCCGCCCCCCGCUGCCGCCGCGUACCUAGGCGCGGCCCGGUACGUCGCUGGUACGCGAAUCGACACGUCAUUAUUUCGUCCCAUUCCAUUCCCAUCACACCAAGGCAUUGUCUCCAAUCCCCCACACAUAGAAUAA